CAGGACUCUCAGGGGCCACAGCCCUGAUCUGGGGAGCCAGACUUGUCUUGGCCAAACACCUGCUCAUCUGGUUCAUUCCGUCAGCCUGGAUUGGUGACUCCGAGUCACGGGAGAGAUCUCCAGGCUUGCUGGGAUGGGAAACCUGCUCAAAGUCCUUACCAGGGAAAUUGAAAACUACCCACAUUUUUUCCUGGAUUUUGAAAAUGCCCAGCCCACAGAAGGAGAGAGGGAAGUAUGGAACCAGAUCAGCGCCGUGCUCCAGGAUUCCGAGAGCAUCCUCGCAGACCUGCAGGCGUACAAGGGCGCAGGGCCAGAGAUCCGAGAUGCCAUCCAAAAUCCCAAUGACAUUCAGCUUCAGGAAAAAGCUUGGAAUGCAGUGUGUCCUUUGGUCGUGAGGCUGAAGAGAUUUUAUGAGUUUUCCAUCAGGCUAGAAAAAGCUCUUCAGAGUUUAUUGGAAUCUCUGACCUGUCCACCCUACACACCAACCCAGCACCUGGAGCGGGAGCAGGCCCUGGCCAAGGAAUUUGCGGAAAUUCUGCAUUUCACCCUUCGAUUUGAUGAGCUGAAGAUGAGGAAUCCAGCUAUUCAGAAUGACUUCAGCUACUACAGAAGGACCAUCAGUCGCAAUCGCAUCAACAACAUGCAUCUAGACAUUGAGAAUGAAGUCAACAAUGAGAUGGCCAAUCGAAUGUCCCUGUUCUAUGCAGAAGCCACGCCGAUGCUGAAAACCCUCAGCAAUGCCACCAUGCACUUUGUCUCCGAAAACAAAACCCUGCCAAUAGAGAACACCACAGACUGCCUCAGUACAAUGACAAGCGUUUGUAAAGUCAUGCUGGAAACUCCGGAAUACAGGAGUAGGUUUACCAGUGAAGAAACGCUGAUGUUCUGCAUGAGGGUCAUGGUGGGGGUCAUCAUCCUCUACGACCACGUGCACCCCGUGGGAGCUUUCUGCAAGACAUCCAAGAUCGAUAUGAAAGGCUGCAUAAAGGUUUUGAAGGAACAGGCCCCAGACAGUGUGGAGGGGCUACUGAAUGCCCUCAGGUUCACUACAAAGCACUUGAAUGAUGAAUCGACUUCCAAACAGAUUCGAGCGAUGCUUCAGUAAAGCCUUGCUCAGUGAAGAGGAUCUUUGAACUGACCUCAGAAGAUG